CUUCUCCUGUCAAAUGGAUAAUAAUGGCAGCGAUGACGGUUGAUACGAUGUUACAAAGCAAUGGCUUUCAGACAAAAAAGAAAGAGGACGUCGAAAAUAAGGAUAACUUAUGGUCGUCUAUCCUCGCGGAAGUGCAGAACAGCGGCAACAACAAAUUGCCAUCGAACAAAAAUGUCCUCGUUUUAGGUGAUAAUGAGAGUGGAAAAACUACGCUUAUAGCUAAACUACAAGGUGUAGAGGAUCCAAAGAAAGGUUCUGGACUAGAAUUUGCAUAUAUCGAUGUGAGAGAUGAUUACCGAGACGAUCACACAAGACUAUCCGUAUGGGUUCUAGAUGGAGACCCGGGUCAUGCAAAUCUUUUGAGAUUUGCUCUGAACAAAGAAAGGUUUCCACAUACGCUUGUUAUGUUAGUUGCUGCCAUGACCACGCCAUGGGCAAUUCUUGAUCAACUUCAAUCAUGGGCGGCAUUGUUAGGCGAUCAUAUUGACAAAUUACCUUUAGAUAAUGAUACUAGGCAACGAUGCAGACAGCUUAAUAUUAAGAAGUGGCAGGACUAUACCGAACCAGGAGACGAACUGGAUCCUGGGAGUCCUCUGCGACGUACUAGUCGUAAUUUGGAUGAUGACACCGCUGAGGGAUUACCUUUGCCAGAAGGAGUACUUACAACCAAUUUGGGCCUAGAUGUUGUCGUAGUCAUAACGAAAACUGAUUAUAUGUCUACUCUCGAAAAAGAACAAGAUUAUAAAGAUGAGCAUUUCGACUUUAUGCAACAAUGGAUUAGGCGGUUUUGCUUACAAUAUGGUGCAGGCCUCUUCUACACGUCGGCGAAGGAGGAUAAGAACUGUGAUUUGCUUUAUAAAUAUUUAACACAUAGGAUUUAUUCUUUACCAUUCAGAACACCGGCAUUGGUCGUCGAAAAAGAUGCAGUACUUAUACCUGCUGGUUGGGAUAACAUGAAGAAGAUUAGUAUUUUGCAUGAGAAUUUGCAAUCCAUGAAAGCGAAUGAUUACUAUCGUGAUGUUAUCGCACAACCAGCAACGAAUCGAAAAUGCGUUGCUAGAGAAAUGGAGAUUCAGGCGGAAGAAGAGCAAGCUUUCCUUGCGCGACAGCAAGCAGCUCUAUCGGGCCUGAAAGAUCCUACUCGUUCUCCGACAACUCGGAAUCAGGCAAGCCCUGGACCAGUUAUUCAGGUGGCGUCACCGAACAAGAAGCUGGAUCCCAAGAGUAGCGGCGCAACACCGUCCGGGGAAGGUGUUUUAGCUAAUUUCUUUAAUUCUCUCCUUUAUAAGAAGACUGGAGUGCAGCCUGGUUCUCCGGGAACACCGAGCAACGUAGGAACGAAUCCCAUGAAACUUGAUGCUACACCAGUGGACAAAGCGACGAUGUGUAACGAUGCAGCAGCGGAAUUAGAUCGUCUCACUCGGACCAAGAAACUUUCUCCACCCAACCUAAACUCUUCGUCUGAAUGUUAAAGAUAGCGUUUUUUCUUCGCGGUCCAUUAAUACAAAAUAAAAUAAAUAGUCGAAGUUUCGUUGCCAUUAGACAGAACUCAAACAUAAACUUGAAAUGUCUUAUAGCCCACUCGUUAUAAAUGAGAGAGAUCAUAACAUAAUGAUGCGAUGGGUCGCGAAGAAGUAAAAUUUAGCUCUAAUCAAUGAUAAUUUAACCGACACAUCGCAAU